GUGCAGGACGAUUCUAAGUGUCUGACUCCGUGGAAGACACAGCGCCCGUGACCUCUGAGGAGUAAACCCUCUGGUUUCUCGGUGCUUCCCACAGAUACUCUGGGCAGCGAUGGAAGCCUAGAUGCCUCACCGCAAGGAGCGGCCGAGCGGGUCCUCGCUUCACACCCAAGGCAGCGCCGGCACCGAGGAGGGAGGAAGCAUGUCCCGGUUGUCUCUCACCCGGUCACCUGUGUCUCCCCUGGCUGCCCAGGGGAUUCCACUGCCAGCCCAGCUCACCAAGUCCAACGCGCCUGUGCACAUCGACGUGGGCGGCCACAUGUACACCAGCAGCCUGGCCACGCUCACCAAGUACCCCGACUCCAGAAUAAGCCGCCUCUUCAAUGGCACUGAGCCCAUCGUUCUGGACAGUUUGAAGCAACACUAUUUCAUUGACCGGGACGGGGAGAUUUUCCGCUAUGUCCUGAGCUUCCUGCGGACGUCCAAACUGCUGCUCCCGGAUGACUUCAAGGACUUCAGCCUGCUGUACGAGGAGGCGCGAUACUACCAGCUGCAGCCCAUGGUCCGCGAGCUGGAGCGCUGGCAGCAGGAGCAGGAGCAGCGGCGCCGCAGCAGGGCCUGUGACUGCCUGGUGGUGCGGGUCACGCCCGACCUGGGUGAGCGGAUUGCGCUCAGUGGUGAGAAGGCCCUCAUCGAGGAGGUCUUCCCAGAGACUGGGGACGUCAUGUGCAACUCUGUCAACGCUGGCUGGAACCAGGACCCCACGCAUGUCAUCCGCUUCCCGCUCAACGGCUACUGCCGGCUCAACUCGGUACAGGUCCUGGAGAGGCUGUUCCAAAGGGGUUUCAGCGUGGCUGCGUCCUGCGGGGGUGGCGUGGACUCCUCCCAGUUCAGCGAGUAUGUGCUGUGCCGGGAAGAGCGGCGACCACAGCCCACCCCCACCGCUGUCCGGAUAAAGCAGGAGCCCCUGGACUAGGCCCUGCCUCAGUGCCCACCUGAGGCCCAUUGGCCCUGGGGACAGCCCAGGGACCUGGAAACAGUGCUGGGAAGUUCUGCAUAUACCUGCUUAGUGGUCUUCGUGAGACUGAAGGUGGGACUAGAGGGUCUGAGGCCAGCCCAGGGAGCCCCAGGACCCCAUGUGUCAGUCAACAGAAUGUGGGGUGCUGGAGGCAUGCUCACCGAAGGAUUGCUGAUGUGACCCAAAGAUGCCUCGGUUGGAACUCUGCCACCAGUUUCCUGGGGCCCCUUGGCUCCCCAGCCUGGCACAGCAUCCUCCAAGGCCCUGGGGCCCCCCACGGCGGAGUGCGCACUGGCGUCCCCAGCCCACUGCAGAGGAGCUCUUCAUCUUUCCCCCACAUGUCGCAGACUCCCGUGGGCCUCCUUGCAUCAGAGAUGGCUUAUUUUUCUACAGUAUUUAAAACAGAAGUAACUGCAACUGCACAAGCCAGAGAGGCGGACAAGAACCAACACUUCUUUAUUUGGUGCUCCAUUCUCAGUCAGACGUGCGGCAUGCCCGCCACGUGGGGAAGAGCUGCCGAGCUCUGGUCCCUGCUCUAGGGGCAUGCAGGGAGGGCAGCUCUGUAGGAGCUGGAGCCGGGCUUCUGGGAGGAGGGUGGUUUGGGUGAGGGGGACGGGUGGCUGUGGAACCACCUAAGACCCUCACCUUGCUGCCACCUGGGGCGCGGGCCACACUUGGUGGAUCACUUGACCCAGGGGCUUCCAGUCCAGUUUGUGUGUCCUCACACCUGGGCUCCCAGAGGAGUCUCUCCCCAUCCAGACCAGCCACAGGGCCACAUAGCAUCCUUACCUCAUGAAUGGGCCCCUCAGGGAAGGGGCCCACCUGUCAGCAGCAUCCUCUGGGUCCCCACCUCAGGAAGCCGUCCCAGCUCUGAUUUUCCCACACUAAUAUGCACACUGAAUUUUAAUGGAAUUUGUUAUACUGGCCUGCUGGUAAGACCUGGAUAUAGGCAUACCUGGGACUCUUGCCCCAGAUUCUAACAAGGACUGGCCCUGCGGGUUCCUCAUAGACCUGCUGCCUCUUAGAUGACAGGCCCAAAGAUGGACACCCCAGCCUGUCACACUUGACCAAGCUGGCUCUUCCCAGGUGGAGAAACCACAGACAACUGCUCAGUGGGUGGGGCGCCCAGCCGGCACCAUCCUGCAUACAAUGCCUGUAGACUUGUAUAUGACUCCUUUAAUAUUGUAAAGAUGCUGAUGUACAAUUGUCGUGUUGGUGUAAACACAUUACGUUCCUCGUUCAUGCCAUAAACGAUGCUGUAAAGCAAAAGACUGAGGCUCUGUCCUGUGCAGAAGCAGCAAUGGAUUCCUGCGUUGGAUGUCGUGCAGGGGGGUGGGGGUGUCAUCAGCACUCGAGGGGGAUGGGCAAGGUCCCAAGCUGGCCGUUAUUUAUGAUUGCAUCUUGGCUGUUUCCUCACUGCUGUGCCUGUCCCCUGUGGGCCGCACAGACUGAAUUCUCACAGCCCCUAACCAGGGAAGGCAGACGAAAGGUGUUCAGGGGCUUUUGAACCCAGUCUUAAGUGUUUGAGAUUUUUCCCUCUCUGGCUUUUGGUUUAGGCUGACAUCCUCUUUAGAGCCCCACAGAAUAGUAGAAGGUGACAGUUCACAGCUUGGGCCAGCCAGGGGACAUGCAGCCCCUGGCAUGAGAAGGGUAGAUUGCCAGAGCGCAGCGUAAGACCUCAGUGCAUCUCUACCCAGGGAAGGAGUUUGAAGGUGUUCACGGAGGCCUCCAAUUUAAAUGAGCUUUUUUGUAUUUUUCCUCAAAGCCCUUAUGUUCAACCCAUGAGGACCCUUUUAUGUGCCGGAUAAAGGCCACCAGCCUCGACCUGCCUGGAGGACGAGAGCACAGCUGCUUCCUGUCGGCUGCAAAGCAGCCGCCACCCCGCUACAGUCUAAUUUGCUGGACAGACUUGCUGGCCGCCUCCUUUGCUUAGCAACGCGCCUCCAGUUGGCACAUCUGCAUUUUGGCAUCUGAGAGGAGAAAGUGGUGUGUUUAUUAGAAAGAAAGUCUUGUGAGAACAGCUUACUGCGACGUAUGUUCAUGGAUUUUUCUGGUAUGGUAGCCAGCACGGUUGCUGGUUGGUGGAGAUGCCCUCACAUUUCUAAGCAAACGAUCUUUGAGUAAACCAUAGUGCUUAAAAAACAAAAAAGUACCUUACUGAAUGUUACUUUUAAUUUAUUUCUUCUUUACUAAGUAAAAUCAGGAAGUAUAAUUUUACAUAAACUGGGGAAUUUCUGAAUUUGUAAAGAAAUACUAUGCUCCCGUAGUAAUGCUAAAAUUCUAAUAUACAGUCCCCAAAACAGUAAGUACCAAUUUUCAGUUCCUUUAAAACAUUUAUAUACUUCCUGGAAUGAAUAUAAGUAAUCUUUUGAUCAAAUACCAGCAGUACAAAUGUUAACUUCUGCUCUUUGUAAACCUCAAAAGUAAUUACUUUUGAUUAUAAGCAACUGGACGGAGAGGCCUGGGCACAACGUAGCAGGUGGCUUCUGCCGCUGCUCCGCUCACAUGGGGCUCAAAGCCAGGUCACAGCACUAAUAAAUAGUAUCUUUUUAAAA